AUGUUCUAUGGUGUCAGACUCAUGGCACUUGAGGAUAUGUGCAUCUUGAUCCUUGGGAAUUACUCAAAGCCUUAUCACACUUCGGGACAGGGUGCAAUUUUACCAGCUACCUGGAAAUGUUCUGAAGAAUUCUUUGCUCAUCAAAUAAAGAUGAGAGAUCCACUGAAAUUAGGGUCAAUAUCUAGCGUUACCAAAUCUUCAGAUUUUGCGACUAGUGCGCCAGUUGUUAGUAUGGUAUCCACUGAACCACCUCAACCUCCACCAUUCAUCACCCUCAUAGCCGUUCCCUCCCCUACCCCUUCCUCCUCCUCCUCCUACUCAAACAAAAACUACAACAACAGGCCACUGCUACCCAAAUCCAUAGGCAACACCAACGCGACCCCUAAGCCCGACCACCAGUGUCAGGCCUCAAGCUUACCACUAAAAGCCACCGCCAUCACCCCAAGCGAAUACCAAUCCCAGCCAAAGAACAAACCCAACACCAUCACUUCCCCUCUUCUAUUUAAGUGA